CGUGCUGUGAACGCUGGAAUAUCGCCGUGAGUUUAUCACGCUCUAAAACGCCUCACAUAUGAAUCAUAUUCACAGAAACUGCAUGUGAAUAAGAAACGAGUUCACCGAGAUCGGCUUAACCGGGAGGAUUCAUCGAGCUGUUCGCGAUUCUUGUGACAGAUGAAAGGUUCCUGUGAAGAUAUCUGCCGCUUCGAGGGAGCCGAUGCAGUAAAUGGAUAUAUUGAUGGGAGAACGUUUGUAAACGGUUUUGUCAUUCUGCUUAAUUUUCACCAGACUGCAGCUCCUCAGAGACAGACCAAACUCACAGAAGACUGUGCUUCCCUCAUCCUCUGAGUGAUCCGUCAUGAGCGUGCAGAGCGCCUGCGCGCCGGAGGAGGGCGCUAUACGCAUCAAUGUGGGAGGCUUCCGGCGGCGGCUGCUGUCCAAGCGACUCUCUCGCUUCCCCGAGACCAGACUCGCUCGCCUGCUAAGGUGUCGGUCCAAAGAGUCCAUCCUCGAACUGUGCGACGACUACGACGACUCUGAAAAUGAGUUCUACUUUGACCGCAAUCCGGCGCUUUUCCCUUAUGUGUUACACUUCUACAACACGGGGCGGCUACACGUCAUGGAUGAGCUCUGCAUCUUUUCCUUCAGUCAGGAGAUUGAGUACUGGGGCAUUGACGAGCUGUUCCUCGACUCGUGCUGCAGCGGCUCCUAUCACUGCCGCAUGAUGGAACCCGAGGAGACCGACUGGGAUGACAAGAGUGAAGAGAGGAGCACCACUUCAUCUUUUGAUGAGAUCCUGGAGUUCUACAAUGAUGCCGGUAAAUUUGACAAGCAGCUGCUCGGAAGCGUCCGGAGGAGAAUCUGGUUGAUGCUGGACAAUCCUGGCUAUUCCAUCCCCAGCCGGCUCAUCAGUAUCUUCUCCAUUCUGGUGUUGUUGGUCUCCAUUGCCACCAUGUGUAUGAACAGCAUGAGCGAGUUCACGCAGCUGGACGCUGAUGGAAAGCCCCGUGAGGACCCUCGCUUCGAGGUCGUGGAGCAUUUUGGAAUUGGGUGGUUCACGUUUGAGCUGCUCUCCAGAUUCGCUGUGGCACCAGACCUUCUGCAUUUCUUCAAACACCCUCUGAACCUGAUCGACCUGGUGUCCAUCUUGCCUUUUUAUCUGACCCUGGUCAUUAACCUGGUGGCGGAGAGCAGCCCAGCACUGGCGAACCUGGGUCGAGUGGCUCAGGUGCUGAGAUUGAUGAGGGUCUUCCGCAUCCUGAAGCUGGCGCGUCACUCCACAGGCCUGCGCUCGCUCGGAGCCACGCUCAAGAACAGCUACAAGGAGAUCGGCCUGCUGCUGCUGUAUUUGGCCGUGGGAGUGUCCUUCUUCUCCGUCAUGGCCUACACCGUCGAGAAAGAGGACAACGAGGGAUUGAACACCAUCCCUGCCGGCUGGUGGUGGGCCACGGUCAGCAUGACCACUGUGGGAUACGGCGACGUUGUUCCUGGCUCCGUCGUGGGCAAAUUGACGGCCUCAGCUUGCAUACUCGCAGGAAUAUUGGUUGUCGUGCUUCCUAUCACUUUGAUAUUUAAUAAAUUUUCUCUGUUUUACAAGAGACAGAAACAGCUGGAGACCGUCAUGCGGAGCUGCAACUUCGACGGGGGAAUAAAGGAGGCUCCGUCUGUGAAUCUGAGGAAUUACUAUGCUCACAAAGUCAAAACACUGAUGGCCAGUCUGUCCAACAUGAGUCGCAGUUCACCCAGUGAUCACAGUUUAAACAUGUCUCUGCAUUAGACGGGAACAGCUUGAUGUCAGUGGUGCGUUUUCAUCAUAGAUCUCACACCUAAUUCUGAUCUCAACAGCAAGACUCGCAGAACAUCUGAUCAUAAUAAUGGUGUGUGUAUGUAUAUACGAGCAGGGAUGGGACCCUUAGUGAAUCAACUCCUUCUUCUGGGAUCUCUCUCAGUUUUCUCUCCAGCAUGCGCAGCAGCUUCGUUUAGUUUGAGGGAACAGCAGGUCUUUACUGGUGGAAGGUUCAGGGGAUUUAGUGCUGAAUCUCUCCUGGUUGUCACUAUAUAUGCAGUGAGAUAGAUGUUUUCUCUAUCGCUGUUAUACAGAAAGGAAAAACAAUUGAAGUGACUAGAUUAACUGUACUGAUAUUAUUUUGACUAUCUGUAAAUGAAGGUUUACAGUCAGGGCCGUCCUUAGCUGACACAGGGCCCCUUUCAAUCCGUUCACAAUCUCUGUGGGGACCCCUCAAGUGCGGGGUCCUAAGGAUGGUCCUGUUUAUAGUGAUCCAGGUAAAUCUUUACACCAUCAGAGAUGUAACAACAGUCCAUCUGAAAUCGACUUUGAAACAACUGAUUUUCAGUGAUGUUUUGUCAGGGAUGUGUCGGUACGAUUAUCAGUGUCAAACUGUUCAUGGAGGAAAUAGAAGUAAUCAUCCCUAUCCCCUUGGAGUGGAGACUUUUGAGUGAGCAGGGCACGUGCGUUAUUAACUGUGUAUAUUAACUGUGUUUAUUUGCAACAGUUAUGCUACAUAAUGGCAUGCAUGUGCCCCUGCUCACUCAAAAUCCCCACUCCAAGGGGAUAGGGAAGAUCACUUCCAUUUGGGAUUUGCCCGUGAACCGUACGGCAUACUCCUAUGUUUUGUUGCUUUUGAAUGAAUUUCACACGUCCCUAAGGCAAACCAAUUUCUGUUCUACAGUUGUCAGAGGUGAUACGUCAAGUUAUCAUUCUUCAUUUGUUAGUAUCGCUGUUGUUUGAUUUGAAUUGUAAAUGCAGAAUGUGAUCCUGACGGUUGGGGUCAGAGGUCUGACAUCGUGCUGCAUUAGAAUUAAACAGUAUAUGCUCACAUGUAAAGGUCCAAUAUGUGUGUUUAGGUGUUUUCUGGUGUAAUCUUAAAAUGUGGAUGUGAGGACAGAAUCAGAUUCAUUACAUAAUGUACUUGAGCUCAUGUUCUGUGCUAGAAAGCUGUACACAACAUCUGAAUCAGCUAAUAAUGAGCACUAAUGUGUUUAUUACCUGUGUGGAUUUGUUAUCUUUGUAGCUCAUAAUUUAUUUUCUUUUUAAAACCACUGAGAUUGCAAUUUUCUCAGUGCUUUUUUUGCAUUGUGACAGUAUUUUCAUGAAACAAUUACCCCCAAAAUCUCAUAACUCUAAUGUGUAAUAAAAUAAAUGUCAGUGUUGGA